GUGAAGUCUGUGCCAUAACAAACUGUAACUUGAAACAAUGUUUGUGUUUCUUUUGGCUUACCUUUAUGAAAUGAAUUUUUUUCUUACAGUUGGUAAUCUAUCACUGGUUGUUGCAAUAUUUUAUUUAAUAUGGAGCAUAAUAAAUGAAAAAUCAUACGCUGGUAUCUCCGCUAAAACGCAGUUCCUUUACUUAAUAGUCUUCGUCGCAAGAUUUAUUGCAGGUCCUGCAAAAUUUUUUGAGCUCCUUAUGAUUUUUCCCUUUAGCGCAACUUUGAUCCUGGCUUUUUGGACGAAAAAUACAUACGAAAAGAAAUUAGAUAAUUUUUGGGCAGAGUUUCUAAUUGUCGCAGCUUUCAUUUUUGCUGUUUUCGUCCAUGAUAGUAUCCCUUUCAGAAUAAUAUCAGCUUUCAAUGAAAAUCUGGAAGCAGUCGCCUUACUUUCCCAGAUAUAUAUGAUCUGGAAAAGCAAACAAAUCGUCAAACACAUAAAAGUAUAUAUGUUCUAUAUGUAUCUAUAUAGAUGUUUGAAUAUAUUGCGAUGGAUACACAUCCACUGCACAUAUGGUAGCAACGACAUCAGAUCUGGAGCAGUUUUGUUUGUUGAUUUCUUAAUUAUGACUACGUCUAUAGUGGUUUUACGCUAUAACAAAAUUAUUCUCUAUCGUCAUGAAGAAAAGAAAGCUACAAAACCACAAAAUGCCUUUUACGUCAAAGCUGAAUUGCCAUCCAUUACAGCUACCAUACCUGUCGGUAUAAAAUUGGAAAAAUAAGAAAUUUACCAGCUCAAGUUAAUUAAAUAGACGUUAUGAGUAAGACAACAACGCGAGAAUGAUAUAACUAACUUAAAUUAUCGCUCAUAUGUGUAUAAAAUAAAUUAUUAUUAUAAGAAUAUUUUCUACUGUGAAAUUUUAUUUUAUUUUCUUAAUUAAUAUUAAAAGAAUUUGAAAGAAACCUU